AUGACAACCAUUUGCGACCUCCCCGAGGAUGUGCUGGUGGAGCUGCUGUCGCUGCUCCCCGCCCGGGACCUGCUCCGCUCCUGCAGGCUGGUCUGCUCGCAGUGGCGGGACGUGGUGGACCUGACCACCCUGUGGAAACGCAAGUGCCAGCGGGAGGGGCUUUACGCGCAGAAUUUGGACAGGAGCGUCACCGACUGGAAGAUCUUCUACAUGCUCUCCAACUUGAAGAGAAACUUGAUCAAAAACCCCUGUGCUCAAGACAACUUCCGGCACUGGAAACUCGAUAAAAAUGAAGGAGAUAAAUGGAAGAUUGAAGUUCUGCCUGGACCUCAUGGAACAGGGAUGCCGGACCCCAAAGUAGACAAGUACUUUGUCACUUCAUACGGGCCAUGCUUCAAGUCUCAACUCAUUACCCUGCAGAAAGAAGGAUAUUGGAAUCAGUUGAUGGAUGAGAAACGGCCUGAAAUUGUAGUCAAGGACUGGUAUGCUGCCAGAUUUGACUGUGGGUGUCGCUACGAACUCACCGUGCGGCUGCUUUCUGAAGACUACAUUGUCCUUCAGGAGUUCCACCCCAAGCCAGUGGUUAUCGAGCAGUGGAGCGAUGCGAUGUGGAGGGAGAUUUCUUACACCUUCCAGAAUUACCCAGCUGGAGUUCGGCACAUCUGGUUUCAGCACGGAGGCCAAGACACCCAAUUCUGGGCAGGGUGGUACGGGAUCCGAGUGACAAACAGCAGCAUCACCAUUGGGCCCCUGACAAUGUUAUGAAGGCACGAUCUAAGUGUUUGCUCUUACCUCAGGACUGUAACCAGGUGGUCUCAGGUGCAAUUACUUGUUUGUACUCUCUUCUGGGUGAGUGUCCCAGCUUUGUCUUGCACAGCUAAUUCUUAAUCACAGCAGAACUUCUGCAAGCCCAGCCCCUUGGAAGGACUUUGGUCUUCAUCUUUCAUCUUCCUGUUCCAUGGACAUUACUGCAAUUACUAGAGCCCUCCCACAGGAGGAAGACUGGGACAGUUCAGUAUGACAUCUGUCUUUUCUAGUUAAUAUGGCAUUGUGCUACAGCCAAAAAAUAGGUCUUGAAUAGAUUAAAAGGCUUUCUUGUUUGUUUAUGGAAUAAUCUGAAAUUAAACAUUUUAGCCUUA